GCCCGGCUCUGGAGCACAAAGGAUCGAUUCUGGUGAGGAGAGAAUGGUGGGUGACGGGCGGGCGGGGUGGUAAGGAGAGCCAGGAGCCAGCAGCAGCAGCAGCGGCAGCAGGCUGUGCAGCGGCAGGCUGUGCACCAGCAGCGGCAGCAGCAACAGGAUGGGGAGCAGCAGUGAACAGCAGCACCAUCAUAUGAACCAGCAACAGCAGUACCACUACCACCAGCAGCAACAGCAUCAUCAUCAUCAGCAGCAGCAACAACAACUGCAAUCACAGCAGCAACAGCAAGAUGACAAGAAACAGACAUACAAUCUCUGCUGGAACGAGUUUCCUACGAACCUUCUCUCUUUUUUCAAGGAACUGCGGGAGCAGGAGGAGUUCGUUGACGUGACCCUAGCUUGUGAGGGUCAGCAGGUAUCUGCCCACAAGGUCGUCCUCUCCGCCUGCAGCCCUUACUUCAGGUCACUGCUCAAGAAUAAUCCUUGCGACCAUCCUAUUAUCAUCUUGAACGAGGUGGGUUACAGUGAGUUAAUAACCUUGCUGCAGUAUAUGUAUCAUGGAGAGGUACAGAUUGUUCACGACCAGAUCACCAAUUUCCUGCGGACAGCUAAGCUGCUACAGAUCCGAGGACUGGCAGAAGCUGCGGCAGCCGAGUCCCGCUCGCGAUCGCCCCCGGAGUGUCGGCGAGAGAUGGGUUCGGUCCGCGAGGUGGUGACGCCGAAGAGAGAGUCCGUGGAGCCUGAAGAGGAGAGCCGGCCCCCCGACAGUCCACAAGUAAAGCGCAUCAAACUGAGUAGCAGUAUUGGUCCAGCGCCUCCUUCCUCGCCCUCACCACACCUGUCCGGGGGCCCCAGCCCCCCAGCACCCACGCCGCCCAUACCCAGCCUGCCUCUAAGUAUGGCCAACAUGGCCACCAUGGCAGGUAUGUCCACCUUGCCGCCCAUAGGUUUACCAGGGGCUUCCCUCCCACUCUCCCUGCCUUCCUCCAUCACCGCCCUCCCGCCCGUAACUACCGCCCACCCAUCCAUCCAUCACGGACGCUCCACCCUGCACACGCCCACGCCCACCACCCAGCAACCUUCCUUCCCUGGGCUGUACCCCAGCAUGGCCUCCGAGGACACCCAAGACACCAUGGGCAGCGACCGCUCUGAGGACAGAGACAAGUCUCGCCACGACGAUGACGACUACGACCACGAGAGUACCCUGGAGAAGAUGUCCGGACUCGCCAAUAUGGCAGCACUUAAAGGCUUUGGUGGGUUUCCUGGUCCCUCUGGCUUGGCCGGCUUGACCUCGGCCGCCCUGGGCUCCAACGCCGACAACAACCCCGGACGUCCUCGCUUUGACUUCUACCGGGUACGAGCAACAGACCCUCGACCUUGUCACAUCUGCGGCAAGAUAUAUAAAAACGCCCAUACCCUCCGCACCCACAUGGAGGACAAACAUUCCAACUGCAAUGGAUUCCGGUGUGUGUUGUGCGGCACAGUGGCUAAGUCUCGCAACUCACUACACUCCCACAUGAGUCGACAGCACCGGGGUGUCAGCACCAAAGACCUGCCGCUCUUACCCAUGCCAGCUCCCUGGGAUCCAGAAAUGGCCGCAAAGUACAUUCAGAUUGUUGGAGGUGUUGGUGAAGUGGUGAGACAGAACUACCGUCGCCCAGAUCGAGAUAGCAACAACUCAGGCAGUGACAACGGCUCCUCGACGUCAACGUCGCGCGACAGAGAGGCCGACAACACCCCGACUUCGCAGGAGAACGGCGGCCUCUACCUCAAAUCAGACUCUCAAGGUCGGGAUGGAGAAGAUGGUCUGAAGGAGCGGAGACCAUACGAUGUAAUCAGCCGCCACCUGGACAUGUACACGGGAGCAAAACCCCCUGGAGCCUCCCUCCUGGACACCUACCUGCAGAUGAUGCGCGCCUCUGGGAUGGACCUCUCAACACCUUCCGCGGAUAGCAUACUGGAUGAGAGAAAACUAUUGCAUUCUCGCCCCAUGGGCGGCGGUGUGCUAGACCUCACCCGACCUGACUUGAUAAGGAGCAGCACAUCCCCGCGCGACGAUGACAACGGUGGUCCAGCAUCAGAUGAUUUUAGCGAGGAUGAAUUUGGUAGUAUGCCCACGGAUGGUCGGGGGGCCCGGCAACUGAGUGGCGGGGCCACAGUAGUGACAGUGACGCCCCGCUCUCCAGAGCCUUCUGACCCUGAGGAUGAUGCAAAAUGGACAGUGCAGUAGUGACUCAUCACACAGCCGUGCAGCGGCACACAGCAAUCACAGCAGUGGUACAAAUUACACAGUGGAUGCAACAAAGACUAGAGUAUGGGUUAGUGUGACUCAGUGCCUGUGGGGGCUCACCCCUGCCGCCCGUGAGCCGCCCUCAACCACGCCCAGCUAUUUUUACCUAAUUCCUUUAAUCAUCACACCUUCAAGUUUAUCUGUAAAAUAUAUCUUUACUUCCUGAAUGAAAUGAAUUUAAAAGACAGAUGACGAAGUUAUCUCUGUUGUUUGACGAUAGUACCGCGUUGUGAUACUUGGUGACCGGCUGGUCCCCCUUUGUGUCAUCCUGGUGUGAGCAGCAGGAGCAACACUCCGUGUCAUCCUGGUGUGAGCAGCAGAAACAACACGUGUCAUCCCGGUGUGAGUAGCAGGAACACGCCUCCUCCGGGCAUAGUUGAGAGCGGCACACGUCUCUAGUAGUUGUCAGUUCUCAGGGACACGUCGGGCUUCACUCCCUCCUGUACGUACUCUCUCACUCAGGCCGGCGGUGAUGCAGGUACUGGCCUUCUACCAGGUGCUGGCCCACACGCCAGGUGCUGGUCCAGGCACCAGGUGUUGGCCCACACACCCACGCCAUGUGCUGGCCUACACGCCCACACCACACUCGUGCACACAUGCACCAGGAAUAUGUGCACCUUACAGACUUAUGCAGCCACCUCUAUGUUAUGGUUAACUAGUUGGUGCCCUCUUUUGGUGCUCUUAUUUUGGAUUAAGAUUUUUAACGAAGAAGCUUGAUGUAAAAUGAAUUUAUGUUAACUUAUGCUCUCUAAGCUGGCAGAGUGACUUAUAGCAGUGCAAAAUGCGUCAGUAAGCUCUCGCAAAUCACUUUUAACUAAAGCACCAACGAGCGCCCAUGGUUGCCAUAUCACCAAGACUUUUUUACGGCGGCAUCAUCUCGCCUGCUUCAAGUAAAUUUCCUGAGUAAAGCAACUCGGGUUACACUCACUGGUGCAUACUGUAGCUCCAUUUGGCACCAUCUCAGCAUUCCUUUUAGCAGCAGUUUUCAUUUUAUUUUUAGGCUUGUACACAGGGAUGGACCCAUGACCUUACACCCAUACUUUGUGAUGUGAUCAUGGAUUUUAAGCCUUCUGUAGUUGUCCUGAUUAGUAACUCCUCUACGAAAAAGGAUAUAAUUAUGGAGGCACUCACUACACAAUGCUAAAAAUCACAGCUCUCAUCCCUUUUAAUGUAUUGUCCUUGACUAUUAACUUCUACUCAUACUGUUACUUCUUUCAACUUUGAUUUAUUUUGGUUUGUGUCUGUGAAUUCUCCGUCCAGCCAGGGUAAAGUCCCCACCUGUACAGACGGCUUGAGUCAGCUCUCAGUACAAAGUUGUCACUGGCUGAGGCCCAAGCUGCCAGUCUUGAUCUCAGUGUAAAUAAGCGCCACUAAACAGGCAAAUGAGUCCCUCUCCUCACCCUCUAUAUGAUAUUACAGAUAGUCAGGUAGUAUUUCAGGUAUCAGAUCCCAUAUUGUUAUUUUUGUAAUGUGUUUACACAAGGUUCUCAGCCAUUCCAGUCUUAUGGUAAACUGCUCUGUCCAAGUCAUGUCAGCAUUUUAAGUGCAACUAGUCAAGGAUUCAGUAACAGAAAACACAAUUGGUGUGCUUUUAGGAUGCACUUCCACUAUGCUUAGCAGGUACAUUAAAUAAGCGAUAAACUGUAUAUUAACCUAUAGAGAUAUAUAAGACGUGGCCUAAGCGGCAGUAGUAACUGUAGUGUCUACCUCAUAGUUUAGCGGGUAUUUGUGAUGAUGCCCGCCUGGGUGUUUAGCCACACUCCACGGGACGCUGUGUGUGCUUCCUGCAGCUCUGCCAGUGUCCCUUGGCACCUGUGGCCAUACUCGGGCAGAGAUAAGACAUUCUGGCACCCUUUCCCCGCCACCACUACACACCGGUGAUCAUUGUGAAGAAGGGGAGAGACAUGUGGUGGUGCUGCCCCCACACAGUGUCCUCAGUGUUGGGUAGCGUAGUGUAGACUGUAGCUAUAUUGUUAAUGUAGUUAAGGCACCGGUAGUUGUUGUUGUUGUUGCAGCAGCGGUGGUGAUGACUUGGUCCGAAUUACUGAAUGGUGAUGAGAAGGUGAUAAAGUACGUGUGCUGUGUGCACCGUGGUUAAACACAGCUGUGAGAGGCUGCAUACACUCGCACGCCCGCACCACACGCCUGUGACAGCACGCCCUCCCAUUUAACAGUACACCCCAGAGUAAUGGAAUUGAGUCAACCCAUGACAAUAUAGAGUUUUUGUCUAUGAUAUCUGAGCUAAUCCCCGAGAAGUGACUGCCGAGUUACACCUUCAGCAAGAAGCAGCAGCCUAAAUAUCAAAGAGAGCCGGACCUCAACUCUCCAUGUUUACCAGACAGCAUCUAUGCAAGAAGCAGAUGGCAGGAUGCGGUGGUGCGGCAGUGCAUGGUGCCUCCGCAGCCAGUGAGGCCGGGACAGGUCAAGAUGAAAUCCUGACCAACCUGCUAUGUUCUCAGCAAUACCAAAUACCCAGCCCGCGUCCAGCCUCAACCCCGAGCCAAUAUUCUCAAACCUAUAGCCCAGAAACUAUAUUUAUCCUGCUCAUAGCCCUUAAAGUCUAUAUUUACUCAACCUAUACCCCAGAAGUCUAUAUUUAUCUAACCCAUAGCUACAGAGAUCUAUAGAUACCUAACCCACAAUCCCAAAACUCUAUAUUUACCCAACCCAUAGCCCCAGCCCACAUUCUCCAAAGCCUAUAUUUAUCCACUUCAUAGCCCCCAGAGCUUAUAUUUACCCAACUCAUAAUUCAAAAGCCUCUAUUUACCCAAUCCACUAGCCUAAAAGUCAGUUUUCUAGCCCACAGGCCUAGUACCAUUAUGCUCUAACCUAUCUCCCCAAAAUGUCUAUCCCCGCCUGAUCCAGAUAGUGGGGAUGGACACUGCAACCUAACAGUAUUUACCGCCAAGGAGUAUUGACCCAUCGCAUAACCUACAGUCAAUCAAGCAACCACGUCUUUCCAUAGAAGUAUUACUAGCCACAUAGACUACCUAUGAGGCUGGGGGCGUGCUGGGUAAGCCAUGAUGGUGCUGGGGUAGGCUAGUGUUUCCCCAGGAGAUACUCUUGGGGAAGUUCAAGGUAGUGAUCAUACAAUAAGACGAGAUUUGUAUGUCUCUAACCCAUGGAAAAUGACAUAGGAAGUAAGUUAUAUUAAUGGUUCUGUAUAAGGUUACUCCUAGGGCUACUUAUCUUCUAGGUUGGUAAUGGCAUACGUAGAGCCAAGGUUUGGUAGAGCGGUAUUAGUGUCGGCUCUGCACAGUUGAAUGUUGAAUGAAUGCUAAGUGUUAAACAAAAGAAUGUUGUCAUGGUUUUUUUGUUUCACAUACGAAUUACUAGUUUUAGGUUACCAUUAGUUAAUCAGUUAAGUUAUGGUAAUUUAAUUUAAGCCUAACUGAUAUUACUUUUUUAUAUUUGUUGGUAUUACAACUGUUAUUUUACCGAAUUAGCAACAAUGCCUAUUUUUAUAGAUUAAGUUUACAAGUUCCUAGAUUUUAGACAUGUCAAGCUCAAAGGUGUCAGGAGGGGAGCCUGCUCGUCUGGCCAAGACAAAUAUAUUUAUCCAUGAUAGAAGAAUGCUAUGUUACCAGGACAAUAGGUCCAUAUCUGCACACAUUUUAUAUGUUUUAUAUAUAGUUAAAUCCCUUACUUUAAUCCAAGUAUCGAAAUGGGAGUGAUUAUAUUUACUAAGGUGACUGAGACGCCUGGCUGUGAGGAGCAAGCUCCUCAACCUUCCCUUCCACCUUACCCAGUGAUCAUUGUCCGAAUUGUGCAGCUUCCGGUGUUUAUAAUUUGCUACAUUACCAGGCCUUGUGGUGGCCGCCAAGAUAACUAACGUGCCAAGCAUCCGUUAUUGAUAGUUUUAUAUACAAUGAUUUCUGUUCUUUUUAUCUUCUGUCUGUUGAUAGAGACCAACAGUGGUAACAAGAUUUUGCGAGUCUGGUCGGCUUCCUGUUGCCAGUAAUGGUGGAGGUCAGGAACCUUCAUAUAAUUAAGUGUUGGAAUUUUUCAGAAUGUAGCUUAUAUUGUUUAAUACAAAUUUUAUUGUAUAAUUACCAUAAGUGUAGGGGAGUGAGUGAGCCAGGAAGCCGCCCUCCCCCUCCCACCAACUGAUCAACACACUGCACAGUACUGAGGUACAUAAUACUCCAGCUUCCGCAGCCUCUGUGCCCACAUUACCACCCAUUUAUUUCACACUGCUUGAGUCACUACCAAACUUCCAGGCUUAGACCCACGCCUAACACUUAUGGCUCUUCAAUGCUCAAUUAACAAUGAGAGUUACAAAAUUCAUUAACUCACAACUAAGUCAGGAACCGGAAAAGAAGCAAGAAGACGUUACAAUCUGUUCUGAACCAUUAUCGAACGUUGACCUAGUAAUGGUCAGGUAGACAGUCACAAACACCGAUAAGUGGGAAUAAAGAUAAGAGUAGCAAAGAAUCCUUUUGAUAAAGCUCAGUCCUGGGCGAAACGUUGUACAACAAGUAUUCUCUGCUGCCACUGUCCUCAUUCCCACUAAAUAAUGUAAUAUCAUCAAGCCUGGCGACGUUAUAAUGGUCCAAGAUGAAUCAGAACAGCUUCUAGUCUUAUUCUAUUUGUAACUGGCUUAUUGUAAAACAAAAACAAUCAAUCACGGUAUGACUUCUUUUAUUCUAAAUCUGAUGUUCAUUACAAUAAGUGCAAAUGAGCGCGGUACAGCUAUGCUGGAGUCAAGGGAGGCUAGAACUGUGCUGUGUGUUGAGCAGGUUACGUGGUACUACUGUACAGUGAUGUGUGUACGUAGAAUGAUACUGUGCAGCUUGAAUGAUAUUGUGCAUAUAGGAUGGUACUGUACUGAGCAAGUAGGAGGUUACUGCAUAGCCAGCGCAGCUAGGAUGUUCUGAGCAUUAAUAGUUAUCCUGUGAACUGAUAGUCAGCAGUGCCAAGAUUUUGAAAUGGAGGCGAGUUUAUCCGAAUUACCUUAGUGCUUAAUAACUGUGUGAAGUUAGAGGCGUGUCCCCAGGACAUGUGUCAACUUCGAUUCUUGUCAGUGAUGUAAGUGCCAUUGAUGAUUAGCAAGUAGAGGCUAACAACUUAAACAGGGUGUUCUUUAGUAUGCCCACUAAAACAGGGUGUUCUUUAGUAUGCCCACUAAAACAGGGUGUUCUUUAGUAUGCCCACUAAAACAGGGUGUUCUUUAGUAUGCCCACUAAAACAGGGUGUUCUUUAGUAUGCCCACUAAAACAGGGUGUUCUUUAGUAUGCCCACUAAAACAGGGUGUUCUUUAGUAUGCCCACUAAAACAGGAUGUUCUUUAGUAUGCCCACUAAAACAGGGUGUUCUUUAGUAUGCUCGCUAAAGCAGGAUGUUCUUUAGUAUGCCAGCUAAAACAGGGUGUUUUUUUUUCAAUAAAUCAAGUAGAUAAUAUAACUGAGAAGUAGUAUUGAAGGCCAGUGUUGAGAAGAAUGGCGAUAUACUGCUGAUCUGGUGACAGUAUUUGUGAGCAGCAUCUAUGAGGCGCAAUCUGCUCAUUCCUGGCAAUGCAUUCUGACUCGAUCUCAGAGAUUUAUUGAAACCACGUUGACGAUGGUUCACAACAGACCGAAAUAAUGUCUAGCGUUAUCUCUGAUUAUUUUUUUUUGCGAGCGUGUUGGGGGCAUCUUAAAGAAGUCAAGUCAGUAAAUCGAGUCUAGGAGUAAGUCCUAGUGAUAGAGUGGGUCCCAGACAUCAUGAAAGAUGGUUGUAUUGACAUCAUGAAAGAUGGUUGUAGUGACAUGAAAGAUGGUUGUAGUGACAUCAUGAAAGAUGGUUGUAUUGACAUCAUGAAAGAUGGUUGUAGUAACACCAUGAAAGAUGGUUGUAGUGACAUGAAAGAUGGUUGUAGUGACAUCAUGAAAGAUGGUUAUAGUGACAUCAUGAAAGAUGGUUGUAGUGACAUCAUGAAAGAUGGUUGUAGUAACACCAUAAAAGAUGAUUGUAGUAACACCAUAAAAGAUGGUUGUAGUGACAUGAAAGAUGGUUGUAGUGACAUCAUGAAAGAUGGUUGUAGUGACAUGAAAGAUGGUUGUAGUGACAUCAUGAAAGAUGGUUGUAGUGACAUGAAAGAUGGUUGUAGUGACAUCAUGAAAGAUGGUUGUAGUGACAUGAAAGAUGGUUGUAGUGACAUCAUGAAAGAUGGUUGUAGUGACAUCAUGAAAGAUGGUUGUAGUGACAUGAAAGAUGGUUGUAGUAACACCAUGAAAGAUGGUUGUAGUAACAUCAUAAAAGAUGGUUGUAGUAACAUCAUAAAAGAUGGUUGUAGUGACAUCAUGAAAGAUGGUUGUAGUGACAUCAUGAAAGAUGGUUGUAGUGACAUGAAAGAUGGUUGUAGUAACACCGUGAAGGCUACUGCUUCACGACUAACUCCCUACUCUGUCUUCACGUUUAUAUCUCGUGGACGAAACAUGUUGAUAAAUGAGACACUUGUGCAACAUUUGGAUAUCUUUAUUCUGGAAACGUUUCGCCAGCCAGUGACUUCUUUAGUCCAGUGCAGAGGAAGGUGGAAGAUGAGGAGGAGUUUGAGUCAAUGUGUUCAGUCCAUCAUGACAGAUGUGUUCAGUUCAUCAUGACAGAUGUGUUCAGUCCAUCAUGAUUGAUGUGUUCAGUCCAUCAUGACAGAUGUGUUCAGUCCAUCAUGACAUGUGUUCAGUCCAUCAUGACAGAUGUGUACAGUCCAUCAUGACAGAUGUGUUCAGUCCAUCAUGACAGAUGUGUUCAGUCCAUCAUGAUUGAUGUGUUCAGUCCAUCAUGAUUGAUGUGUUCAGUCCAUCAUGACAGAUGUGUUCAGUCCAUCAUGACAGAUGUGUUCAGUCCAUCAUGAUUGAUGUGUUCAGUCCAUCAUGACAGAUGUGUUCAGUCCAUCAUGAUUGAUGUGUUCAGUCCAUCAUGACAGAUGUGUUCAGUCCAUCAUGACAGAUGUGUUCAGUCCAUCAUGAUUGAUGUGUUCAGUCCAUCAUGACAGAUGUGUUCAGUCCAUCAUGAUUGAUGUGUUCAGUCCAUCAUGGCAGAUGUGUUCAGUCCAUCAUGACAGAUGUGUUCAGUCCAUCAUGAUUGAUGUGUUCAGUCCAUCAUGACAGAUGUGUUCAGUCCAUCAUGAUUGAUACGUUCAGUCCAUCCUGACAGAUGUGUUCAGUCCAUCAUGAUUGAUGUGUUCAGCCCAUCAUGACAGAUGUGUUCAGUCCAUCACGACAGAUGUGUUCAGUCCAUCAUGAUUGAUGUGUUCAGUCCAUCAUGACAGAUGUGUUCAGUCCAUCAUGAUUGAUGUGUUCAGUCCAUCAUGACAGAGUGUUUAGUCCAUCAUGAUUGAUGUGUUCAGUCCAUCAUGACUGAUGUGUUCAGUCCAUCAUGACAGAGUGUUUAGUCCAUCAUGACUGAUGUGUUCAGUCCAUCAUGACAGAUGUGUUCAGUCCAUCAUGACAGAGUGCUUAGUCCAUCAUGAUUGAUGUGUUCAGUCCAUCAUGACUGAUGUGUUCAGUCCAUCAUGACAGAGUGUUUAGUCCAUCAUGAUUGAUGUGUUCAGUCCAUCAUGACAGAUGUGUUCAGUCCAUCAUGACAGAGUGUUUAGUCCAUCAUGACUGAUGUGUUCAGUCCAUCAUGACAGAUGUGUUCAGUCCAUCAUGACAGAUGUGUUCAGUCCAUCAUGACUGACGGACUGAACACAUCGACUCAGUCUUCCUCAAACUCCUCCCCGGAUAUUCCAUCUCCUCUGCACUGGACUAAAGAAGUCACUGGCUGGCGAAACGUUUCCAGUCUAAUCAUUUAUCAACUUAUCGGUUCUCUAAACCAUUCAUUCACGAAACAUGUAACAAGUUCAAUAACUUAGCAAUGUUUAGUGUUCCAUUACAACUUACUCUGAGGAAGAUAAACAUCGACAUUCCUAGUAUUCAAUCUAUACCAUAGGAAUAAUCGGAAGAAUAUGUUCUGGUACUAUGAAUAAUAUAAUGAUCUUAGCACAUAGCUCACUGAGUGGUCGCUGAAUCAUAACAUCAGUUAUAUCAAGAAAUUUUGAAGAUGUAUACAUACAUGCUAUGUGUAGACUAUAAUGUCAAGUACCACACGAGCCGGGCUCAGAAAGUAGAGAAACUCUCGAAACUAUUCAAAGGUUUCAAAGGUAUAUCAAAGGUAUAUGCUGUAGUCAAAUAUCUCAGGCCUAGAACAUCGUUUGAGUAAAAUAUCUAAGUCACUUAUAAGUUUGAAGCCUAAUGUUGUAACAACAUAGGUUUACACUUCACUCAUCGGUUGUAACUACGAGAAAAUUCGGUGUAAUGAUAUAAGUUGCGUAAGAUUACGAUUUCGUAUUAUUUACUUUUUUUUCAAUUUUAGAGUUUUUUUUUUUUAAUAUAUAAACAAAAUGAACGUGUGGACUCGAGUAAUGUUCUAGGUCAGAUGUUGACUCCUGAACCUUCACAUUCAAUCCUCCUGAUUCACAAUACUUGAUCCUUCUCCGUAACACUCGAUCAUCUUCCACAAUACUCGAUCCUCCUUCACAGUACUCGAUCCUCUCCACAAUACUCGAUCCUCCUUCACAAUACUCGAUCCUCUCCACAAUACUCGAUCCUCCUUCACAAUACUAAAUCCUCCUCCACAAUACUAGAUCCUCCUCCACAAUACUCGAUCCUCCUCCACAAUACUAGAUCCUCCUCCACAAUACUCGAUCCUCCUCCACAAUACUAGAUCCUCCUCCACAAUAUUAGAUCCUCCUCCAUAAUACUCGAUCCUCCUCCACAAUACUCGAUCCUCCUUCACAAUACUCGAUCCUCCUCCACAAUACUCGAUCCUCUCCACAAUACUCGAUCCUCCUCCACAAUACUAGAUCCUCCUCCACAAUACUCGAUCCUCCUCCACAAUACUCGAUCCUCUCCACAAUACUCGAUCCUCCCCCACAAUACUAGAUCCUCCUCCACAAUACUCGAUCCUCCUCCACAAUACUAGAUCCUCCUCCACAAUACUAGAUCCUCCUCCACAAUACUCGAUCCUCUCCACAAUACUAGAUCCUCUUCCACAAUACUCGAUCCUCAACAAUACUUGAUCCUCCUCCACAAUACUAGAUCCUCCUCCACAAUACUCGAUCCUCCUCCACAAUACUCGAUCCUCCUUCACACUGAUCUUGUGAUGCUCAGACCCUCGAGUCUUCAUCUUAGGACUACUUCAACGUUUAUCUACCGACACUGAAAAACAAAACACUGCCUAAAGUGAUGCUCUUGAGACCAACUAAAGGUUCCUCUAAUGUCAUGAAUUAUUGCAGAUGAAAGUAUUCAUCACACUGAAGUUUUUUAAUGUCCCUCACAAAACGUACUCUUUCUUCUAUACCCAAAGCUCGAUUUAAAUCGAACAAAACUGGAAAAAUGUAACUCUGAGUUAAAUGAAACAUUAGCCAUGAUGCAGCAAAACAAAAAUAUAUGCACUUGUUAAUGCCUUAGACUUGU